AUGGGUUACAACAUUGGUCUACGCCUAAUAGAAGACUACCUCGCCAAGUCGAACACCAUGAAGCGUUGUGCAAACUUUAGGGAAACAGCCGACAUGAUUGCAAGAGUCGGCUUCAAAAUUUUCCUCAACAUCACGCCCCAAAUAACCAACUGGACCUCUGACAAUAACCAAUUCUCGUUGUUAUUCGAUGAGAAUCCCUUUGCUGACUUCGUCGAGCUUCCGGAUGACGGACGAGCCCAGGACGAACUAUGGUACUCGAAUAUUCUGUGUGGCGUGCUGAGAGGUGCUUUGGAAAUGGUACAGAUGCAGGUGGAAGCGCAUUUUAUCAGCGAUGUGUUGCGGGGCAAUGAUACUACUGAAAUGAGGGUUUCGUUGGUACGCUAUAUUGAUGACGAGCUGCCGCCUGAGGAUGAUUGA